UCUAUAUAUUUUUCAUCAGGUUGAAGAGAAGAAGGAAGAGCAGGAGAUGGAUGUUGUGAAAGACGAGGAUUUGGAGAUGGACGUCUCCGGAAUAAACAUCGCUGUUCCAGAGAUUGAGGACAUCGACAUGGAUGAUAUUGGAGAUCCCCAGCUUGUUGUGGACUAUAUUCAGGAUAUCUACAAGUAUCUCAGGUUCAUGGAGAAGGAACAGUCAGUUAAGCAGGAAUAUCUGGCGGGACAAACGGUCAUUCUGCCAAAGAUGAGAGGAGUGAUUGUAGAUUGGAUUGUAGGAGUACAUUUACAGUUCAGACUACUCCCAGAGACACUGUACACAACAGUAGCAAUUCUUGACAGAUUCCUGCAGAACCAUCUAGCGUCGAUAAAUCGAACUACCCUGCAGCUGGUUGGUGUGGGUGCUAUGCUGAUUGCUUCUAAAUACAAGGAACAAUUCCCUCCUGAGAUUAAGGACUUUGUGUACAUAACUGACAAGGCGUACACUGUUUCGGACAUUAUCAAGAUGGAGUUGAAGAUUCUGGAAGGGAUCAAGUUCAACCUGGGCAGGCCUCUUCCUAUUCACUUUCUGAGGAGAGCCAGUAAGGCAGGAGGGGUAUUGACUAUUACCCAUACUCUGGCUAAAUACAUCAUGGAGCUUAGUUUGUGUGACUACAGUCUAGCUCACGAAUUACCAAGUAGGAUAGCAGCGUCGGCCCUUGCACUCUCCAUUCGGCUACUCGAUGCAGGAGUUGGGAGCAUGGAGGAGGUCUGGACCCCUGUCCUAGUUUACUACACAACCUACACACUGCCUCAGCUACUUCCCACCAUACAGAGGCUCGCAACUAUCCUAGCUGCAGCUCCGACAGCCAAGUUCAGUGCAGUGUUCAAGAAAUAUUCAAGCAGAAAGCUCAUGAAAAUCUCCAGAAUACAGUCACUAGACCAACCUAUGCUGCAGGAGAUGGUUGCCGGUCAAUUCUGAAGAUUUCCCGCCAAUCCGCCAUGUUCUAAGUUGACACAAAUUUGCGAAUCAAACUCAAAACCAGCGGUGUUGUACGCUCACAUCACUCAAAUCCACGAAUUGAUAUUAUUAUCCUCUGGUCUUUUUUUGACAGACAUUGAAAUAUCUUCAUGGGGUUUAAUGUUCGCAAAUUUUAUAAAUAGUUUUUUUAAUUUGUUAAAGAAAAUAUUUUGUGUAAUUUAAUUGACCUUUAUAUAUUACGACGAUUUUUCUAGA